GUAGUAAGACGGUUUAAAUUGAGCUUGUAGGUACCUAUAAUGAAAUCAAAUGAAAUUUAUUUUUGGCUGAAUUGACAAAAGUAUUUCAACUUGUUUAUUUUUAUUUUCAAAUACUGUUUGUGACUUUGUCAAACGAUUUAAGCGAUUAAAAGCUGAUUCUCGCUAAACCAUUGAUAACCUCUCGUGAACCUUUGCCGUUCAUAAACAAAAUAAAGAAAUAAUCAAUUUAACAUUCCAAUAUUGUGUUGUAAAUAACCUAACCCACCGCAGUAUCUCAGACACAGACACGCCGAUUGUUUCUAGAAAAUUUGUUGCACAAACAAUGGUUGCAUCUAAAAUUUAUAUUCUGGCUGCAUGUUUUGCCUUUUUUGUUUUAACGUUUUUGACAUUAUCCAGCGAUGGAUAUUCCAUAACCAUCCCAGCGGAUCCAAGUAAUCCAGGGAAAUGUGUUUACCGAAGUGAGGAACUACAGUUGGGUGUAAAUACUGGUCCUCUUCCAUGCCAGCGGUUAACUUGUAAUGCGGAUGGAUCAGUCCUCGUUGAAGGGUGUGGAAAAAUUCGUCUGCAGGAUUGUAAUCGUGGGGAAAGGAUCCACAUCGACCAACCAUAUCCAACAUGCUGUAAGCAAAGAUUUAAGUGCAAGCGGCCGGAUGGUUCUUCAUAUUUUCAAGAAAAUGAUAUAAUUUAAAAUUUGUGUGUAUUUGAUGUUGCUUCAUAAGUUUAUUCAAGUGUUAUCUGUGUAAGAUUGGUAGUGUGUAAGGAAAAAACAAAUUCAAUUUAAAUAUGAACUUUGUAUAAGAGAAAAGCAUGAAUUAUUUGUAUGGAUGAAAAAUUCAAAAUAAAA